AUGUCCAAAGUCUUCUUCAUAACCGGAGCUGGAAGCGGCAUUGGCAGAGUAACAGCACGAGAGCUCCUUCUCAAAGGAUAUCUUGUGUUUCUGACCGACUACAACGAAUCGUUUCUCGAGGAUACAUGCACAAAUCAUCUCCCUUCUGUUAUUCCAGAGGACAAACGGCAGAACUAUAACUGGGCACAAAUGAAUGUAUGCGACGAGGAGCAGAUCACUAAUGCGAUUGCACUGUGUGUGGAGAAGUUCGGUGGUAUAGAUGUCCUCAGCCAAUACAUGCGCUCCGGAAUCCGGAUGGAUAACGUCCCGACAUCAGACUUUGAAAAAGUCCUCUCCGUAAAUCUUAUCGGUACCUAUCGCGUCUCCCAAGAAGCCAUACCACAUCUCGAAAAGUCCCCGAACGGCGGAGUUAUUAUCAACAUGUCUAGCUGUCGUGCCACGCAACAAAGCAAGCACGGCGAAGCUUAUGCCGCUUCCAAGGCGGGCAUUGAGGGUCUUAGUAUGGCGAUGGCUGUGAGUCUAGGACCAAAGAUUAGAGUCCAUGUUAUCAGUCCAGGGAUGAUUGAUGUGCGGUCUGAGCGUAAUGGGAGUCUUGUGCCGCCUCCGGAGAAGUUGAGAGAUGAUCUGAAUAGGGAUUAUCAGACCGAGUACGCAUCUGAAUGGGGAACUGGGACAAGUAAAUCCUUAAAAGAGGCACAUCCUGUUGGUAGAAUUGGAAGGGGGGAGGAUAUUGCUAGACCCAGAAAGUCACCGAGUAUAAUGGCUGAUUCCGUCACUUUACACGGCCGGUCCUACGCCAUCCCACGACAACCUACAGUGAUCAUAUGUGUCGACGGCUUCGAUCCAGAAUAUCUCACCCAAGGCAUAUCCGAUGGCAUAAUUCCAAACCUCGCACGUUUCGUCCAGCAAGGAUUCCACGCUACGGUAAACUCUUGCAUGCCAUCUUUCACCAACCCCAACAACGUCUCCAUAAUCACAGGCCAACCUCCCGCUGUCCACGGAAUUGCGGGCAACUUCUUCCUAGACCGGGAGACAGGUAAAGAGAAAAUGAUCCAGAAUGACUCUCUGCUCCGUGGCUCUACGAUCCUUGAACAAAUGUCCAAACAUGGUGUACGUGUUGCAGCUAUCACGGCUAAGGACAAGCUAAGACGAAUUCUGGCACAUGGACUUCAGACUAGCAAUGGAGAUAUCUGCUUUUCAUCUGAACGCGCGGCGAGUUGCACACUUGCGGAGAACGGCAUUGAAGAUGUCGAAGAAUGGAUCGGUCGUAAAGCACCUAGUCAGUAUUCAGGGGAUCUGUCUAUUUACGUGCUUGACACUGGGAUCAAAUUGCUAAAGGAAAAGCGAGCCCAGCUAUUUUAUCUCACUCUUUCCGACUACGUUCAGCACAAACAUGCGCCGGGGUCACCAGAAGCUAAUGAAUUCUUCAUUACACUGGAUCAGCGAAUUGGACGGCUAGUUGCACUGGGUGCUACAGUUGCUAUAACAGGAGACCAUGGCAUGAGCAGUAAAUCUAAGGAUGAUGGGAAACCAAAUAUCCUAUUUCUGGAAGAUACAUUGGCUGAGAAAUGGGGCUCUGAAUCCGCAAGGGUCAUUUGUCCCAUCACCGACCCAUUUGUCAAACAUCAUGGUGCUCUUGGUUCCUUUGUUCGAGUGUAUGUGAAGAAUUCAAUCAAUCUAUCUGAUAUGAUUGAUUUCACCAAGACUUUGCCGCACGUAGAGCAGGUGUUGGACAGAAAAGUGGCGGCUGAGGAGUAUGACAUGCCCGUGGAUAGGGAAGGCGAUUUUGUUGUCAUUUCCAAGAAGAACGCAGUUAUAGGGAGUCGAAAGGAUGAGCAUGAUUUGUCCAGUAUUGGCGAUCAUCCAUUGAGGUCACAUGGCGGUUUGUCUGAGCAGCAGGUUCCAUUGUUAUUAUCCCGGCCUGUGGCAGAUGUUGAGGGAGCCAAGGCAAAGGACGACUGGCGGAAUUAUGAUGUUCUUGAUCUUGCACUCAAUUGGUAG